AUGCCGAGGAAAUCUUACAAGGUUAUAUCUCUCAAAAUACGGCCUAAUUUCACCACUGGAGGUGACGUCUCACACCUAUCGGUCACUUAUACCAUCCCCAGAUCCGCCCUGGCAGACCCCAAUCCUCAUCUAAACUACACAACUUGGUUUGGCAAGUUUGCCGCCCAUCCAUACUUAGAGUCCGACAUAUUUGCGACAGAUAGCAUCGGAAGGUUGCCAUUUAUAUUUGUGGAUGAAACGAGCACCCUACAACAAUGGCGUCUCGGCAGAGAUCCUGUCAGCGACUUGACCAUGAAGAUGGAGGUUCUCCCUCGCAAGGUUGAUAUUCAUACUGCUUCUGGUCCGAGGGUCGACUUGCGCUCCGAUCAGGGAGGCCUCAUUGGCACAGGUGGCUGGUUCUUGCCCCAAGUUGACCAAGACGACUUUUAUAUCCAUACUGUAGAAUGGGAUCUGUCCGAGGCGCCCGCAGGAACGCGCGCCAUCUGGACUUUUGGAGAGGGACCAUAUCGUAUCGAGCAUCUUGGCACCAUCGACACCUUUGCACGCUCUGUUUUUAUGGUCGGGAAUGUACAAAGUUCCCCUGCAAGGCCGCAAUUGCGCCCUUUACCUGGCACGUGCACUACCUAUUGGUUUGGAGACCUCCCGCCGAUUCUUCAACGCCUCAGAAGCUUCAAUACAGAUUUAUACACGCCCAUGGCAGACUUUUUCCAGGACGUGGAUAGCUCGUAUCGUAUCUUUAUUCGAACCUCUCUACAAGGCUGGGGCGGUUCUAGCUUUCUCGUCAGUUAUAUCCUCGAAUAUAGCGACUCCAUAUUAGAAGCAGCGUAUGAUGAAGUCAUGAGCCUGCUUGCACAUGAAAUGGUACACAGCUUCACGUCUUUAUGUAACGAGGACGAUGGUACAGGAAAUGAUUGGUAUUUCGAAGGUAUCGCCAAUUAUUACGCAACCUUUCUACCAUACCGCUUCGGCCUCGUCUCGCCGUCUUAUGUGACUACGAGGGUUAAUGGUAGCUUGUGCAGAUACUACACCAACCCGGAGAUUAACAUUCCUAUGAGCGAUGCGCUGAAAUAUUUCUUUACAUCCUGGUAUUCCAAAUGGAUACCAUAUGAUCGUGGAUUUGUGUAUCUCCUUUUAGUGGAUGAUCAAUUACGGCGCCUACCAGGUGAGCCAGAUUCCAAUGGCUCUGGUUUGUUCGACCGGAUAGUCGUGGAUCUCUCAGUGAGAUGGAGGCGAGGCGAAAAGGUUCAGCAAAAGGAUUGGCUGGCGAGCAUUGGGUACUUUUUACAAGACAGAGUCGAGUGUGCUGCUCAGCUGCGGGCCGUCUUGACGGGCAAACCCAGCAUCAGCCUCGCAGGCCGGCGUGUUGGAUCGACGAAGAAUAUGCUUCGCGAAACUAGACAGUACGUCCUUCAGUUUGGAUACAGCAGACCGUCGGUGACGAGUCGUGUUGUUGAGGGCGUGGUGCCUGGGUCGCAUGCAGAGCUUGCUGGGCUACGAAACGGCGAUGUGAUUUUACGAACAGGGUCUACCACCGAGGCUGCGCAGGGUUCUCUCACAAAAUACUUUGUGCUCGUUGAAAGGCAUGGAGAAGAGUUGACCGUCGAGUAUUUCCCCCGAGGAGAUUUGGAAGUGUCGUGUUGGCAAUUGGAAAGCUACAAAGAGGACUUUGUACCCGCGAGUUUUAUACGUUAG